AUGAAUUUGUCCGCAAAAGAAAAACGUGCUUUAACAACUGCUCACGAAUUAACAAAGAAACUUGACAAUAAAUUUUUUCAUGUUUUUGAGAAUGGAGGAACUUCUUAUGGUAUUAUUGGAAGUAAAAAAGUAAAGUUUGAAGAUGGUUGGGUCUUUACAAAUGAAGGGA